AUGUCUAGUCGCCAACAAAUCGACUCCGUCAUCGACGACGAUGACGAGUUCUGCCCCCUUUGUAUCGAAGAGUUCGAUCUUUCAGACAAGAACUUUAGACCCUGUCCCUGUGGAUAUCAGAUUUGCCAAUUCUGCUACAACAAUAUCAAGACCCACAGCGAAGAGGGUCGAUGCCCGAAUUGCCGCCGCCCUUACGAUGACAGUACAAUUCAAUACAAGAUUCCUGAUGCGGAGGAAUUCAAGGCAGAUUUGGCACUGAAACACCGCAAGGCAGCCGCAGCGAAGAAGAAGGAAGCCGAAAAGCGCGAAAUCGAAGCUUCUAGCCGCAAGAAUUUGGCAGGCGUCCGAGUAGUCCAGAAGAACCUGGUCUACGUCAUCGGCCUCAACCCCACGAUCCGCGACGAGAACCAACUCCUUCUAACUCUUCGUGGGAAGGAGUAUUUCGGACAAUAUGGUGAUAUUGAGAAAAUUGUGGUCAGCAAGGCUAAGCCCGGUGGUAAUCCUCACCAGGGCAUUGGUGUUUAUGUCACUUUCUCUCGGAAGGUCGAUGCUGCGACAUGUAUUAAUGCCGUAGAUGGCUCCGCGAAUGGCGACCGGGUUCUACGGGCCCAAUACGGAACGACUAAGUACUGCUCCUCUUUCCUUCGAAAUGAGCAGUGCAACAACCGCAAUUGCACGUUCCUGCACGAGACCGGGGAGGAUAGUGAGAGCUACAGCCGCUCAGAUCUCUCAUCCAUGAACACGUUGUCCAGCCAGCGCCAGAACGUCCCUCAGGUCCCGCAGCCUCGACCUGUUCAGCCGAUAUCCCAUCCAAUGCGCCGCCAACCGUCCAAGGAUGACUCGAUCAGUGGACGCCAAUCUAUUCCUGAUGGACCCGCGCUUCCUUCAUCGGCAAGCUGGGCAAAUAAAGAUGCUUCAUUCAAGACUAGACGACCCAGUUUAUCUGGAAGCCAAGCCUCUCAGAGCCCCCGUCCCGCCAGUGUUAACGUUGCAAUGGUAUCCUCCCAGUCCGAUACAAGAUCGCCCGUGAGCCAGACCAGGUCCCGAGAACCCAAGCCCGAGCUGGCCUCUCCUUUCGAUAGUCUCAUCAAAGAGCUCAUGUCUCCCGAAUUCCGAUUUGUUUUCUCUGCAUCUGAGCUUCCCGCGGACGAACUCAGGGCAAUUGAGAAUUACCCAUCUUUCAUUGACCCGUACGGUGGUGUCAAGCGCCGGGCGAUGCGCGAGAAGGCUGAACAGGACCGCCUGAAGCGUGAACAGGAGCUUCUCCAGACUGCUUCAGUAGAGGAGGAAAGCCGGGAAGCUGGCAGCUUGCAGCUUGGUGGGGAGCCGGAGGAAGGUAGUCAACCCCGCGGCCGCCCAACGCGUGAGUCGCACGGCGCCAUUCAGCCUCCUUCUCAGCAGGGCACAGCAGAAAACUCAACUGUUGGCUCUCCAGUCUCCGCCACUAGCCACCAAUUUCAGGGCUUGAAUCUGGCUGGCCGUAGCCUGACCCCACUUCAACAGCAGCAAUUGAUGCUCCUCAAGUCCGCUGGCAACCAGCAAGCUGGAUUGUCCGACCCGUUGAGCUCUGCUGCUCUGGACCAGGCCGCUCAAGUGCGCCAAGGGCUUUUGCAAAGCCAAAUGGCACAAUUCAAUGCGAUACAUGCCCAAAGCCGCCAAGGUUCUUCCCGAUUCUCCUUCGCAAACGAGGUUGGUUCUAAGAACAUGACCAACGCUCGUAUGUUGAGUCAGAUGCAAUCUGGUACCCCGAACCCGCUCUCUUCGCCCAGCCCCCAGCAUACCGUCGGCGGUGGCUUCUACGCGAGUGGUGCUCAAGGUCCCCCUCCCGGUUUGAAGACCGCUGGAACUCCUCCCAUUAGUGGUGGUGGAAUGUUCGCUCAGGGCCAUGGCUUCACAAACAACAACGUUGGGCUGGGUUCCACCAUGGGUAAACAGGAUGCGACACCCGAACUGAUGCGUGAAUUACUACGUGGCCGAAGCGGUACGAAUAUUGGCGGUGUACAGGGCCAGGAGGCCGCAAAGCGUGAGUUCAUGUUCCCUUUCCUUCAACAGCACCAUACCCCACCUCCCCUGACUCCCGUCAAUGGCCUUCUCAGCUCUUUCUAUGGGUCCCAGGCAGGCUCAGCGCCUGACUCUGGUGGCUCACAGAAGCAGAAGAAGAAGGGGAAGAAGCAGAGACACGCUAACACUUCCUCCGGUGGAGGCGGUGUAGUAGAUCUUGCGGACCCGAGCAUUUUGCAGGCGAGAAUGCACCAGGUCGGUGCCAAUGCUACUGCUGGGCAGGCGUUGUACGGGAGCCAGGGCCAAGGUGGGUACAAUCCCUCUGUGAUGUACGGCGGUGUGAACGAUGAUUUCCCUCCGCUCGGCGGUUCAUCGAAAGACGCCGGGCCCGUUGAUCCAUUUGGUUUCCUCAAGUCCCAGCUUCCUAGCGAGUCGGCUGGCCGUGUUGGAACCCCGAGCCUUCCUCCUGGUCUUCCUCUACCUCAUGCACAUCCGGCCACUGCAGCUUUUCAGGAACACAUGAGUUCAUCAAAGCCGGCAUCCCCUGCUCCUAUAAUGCCACCAGGAUUGAGUGCCAACGUGUCUCGAGUUGGAACUCCCUCGAAGCAGGAUCAGACAUCUGAAUCUCGAGCCAUGACCCCUGAGAUGCAUAGUCGAAAUGCUUCCAUAUCUGCUCGUGUACAGGAUGCCUUCCAGAUUUCCUUUGGAUCUCCGGUUGCCAAAUCAGCCAACAAAGCGCGGCUAAACGCUAAGGGCGACCUGCGUCUUGUUACAGAUGAUCUUUCCCAAGUCGACCAAAGUCCGCUGAUUGGCACAAAGGGAAGCCCCGCCAGUGUGAGCAUGACAUUGGCUAGCCAGGAAGCUGGCUCGACCAAGUCUGAGCGUGGUUUCUCGGGGACUUUUGCCUCCGCAGCAGGUUCAACCUCUGCGAUAGGCUCAAGGCCUAAUACGCCACUGACCACUGCCUCGCGUAUCUCUGAGUCGUCCGCUGCUCGUCAGCCGCGUAUCCUACGAGUGGUUGAGACCCCGAAACCCGCUCCUCCUACCCCAAUUGGCACGGCACCAUCCGUUGCGGCCUCGACCACCACCGCCGACAAGUCACGGUCUAGGAGACAGAGCUUGUCAUCAAACAGUCGACCGGAUACUCCGGGGGACUACGGAUCUGAAGCUGACUUUUUCCCUUCGACAACGGCAUCCCGUGCCAACUCUCCCCCUGCUUCGUCUCGUAUUGGAUCCGCUCCCGUACGCUCCAUCACCAAGAGCCAGGCCAAAAAGGAAAGACGACAGAAGGCUAAGGAAGCUGACGCCAAGAAGGUUGAGGUUGUGCCUGUUCCCCAAGAGCUUAUCCAGGCUCCUAUCAUGGGUAGAAAGCGAAAGACCAAGAAGGCCACUUCUACCCCUACCGACUCCGCUGAUGGACCUUCGGCUAGUAUUGCUGAAACUGCGAGUCCUGCCAAAGCCCCCGUCGAACCUUCAAAGAAAGUCGAGCCCAAGCCCGAACCCCCAAAGAAAGUGAAGGAGAAGGAGCAACCCUUGCCGGAGAUUAAGCCAGCGCGCACAGAAGCCCCGCCCGCUCCGCCAAAGCCACACGUGGAGGAAGCCUGGCAUUCCCACAAUACCGUGCAGCAAGCCAACAAAGAUGCAGAGGAAUCUGGCCGUUCCAUCAAAGAUAUUUUGAUGGAGAGAACCAAGCCUCUUCACGAGAUACUUGCUCAAAUGCAUAGAUCCGCAUCUUUGGAUCUUAACAAAAGUCUCCUGUUCAAUCCGGCCAGCCUCGGUCAGCGUACAGAUAUGAAGUGCACAGCCGAUGAUUACGACCAGUUGAAGCAACCCCUUGAGUUGACUGAUGAACAUCGCAAAACUCUGCGUCGCGGUGAGCCAGUUCGCAUUGGCAAUGGCCAGCUGAAAAACCGUUGUUUGAUCACUCCUCGUGGCUCCGUGCUUCGUCACCUGGAACCUGAAGAAGAGGCGCGUUACCUUCAGUUGGAGAAGCAGCGGAAUGGUUUCACCGACCCCUUCGUGGUUGGCGAUGACUCUAGCAAUAUCAACGGAGGUCUCGAGGCCCUUUUCGCGACUCCCGAGAAGUACAAUAUCUGCUGGGUGGAUGAGCCAGCCCGCCUGGGCGCUACAUCUCCCACCACCGCCUUGACCGCUGCCCUAGGCGCUGCGGAGAACGUCGUUCCUCCUAGUGUUAUGUCUGCGAUGGAAGCAGACAGCACCCGGAAUCACGAUUGGGCUAUCGCCCACUCCGCUGAGCUCCUGCAGACCACUACCGAUGCCGUGCGUUCCUUUGCUGCUGCUACGGCCAAGCAAAUCCUUGGCACUGCUGGUAUUCCCUGCGCCAACCCUAGCCUCGAAGAUGUAUCUGCUAUGACCAAUGAAGAGCUUAAGGAACUCUCUGGUCGGUCACAGAAGGACUUGGAAAGCACUCGCAAGGAGCUCGACUCGCUAGACAAGAAGUUUGCGGCCCUGCUUCGCCGGAACAAGAAGGUUCAGCAACAGGCGUUGUCGAUGGUUGACUCGCCGAAUUGA